AUUUCACGCUCAUUUAUCUUGCGGUCAGCGUGCCGGCAUAACAUUGCACAAUAGCCGUUUUUUUCAUUACUAAUGUCAUUGUCACCCAUAACCUCGUCUGAUAAGCAAAUUGUUACAUGGCUACAAGAAAGGUACAUGCACACUGACGGUCCUUCUUUUGUCUCUAACCUAGAUAUAAAUAUUGAGCAACGUUGUUAUCAAAUUAUUACUGUACCGGUAGCAGAACGAUUCACACCUCAAGAUGAAAACAGCUCUAAGUGUUUUGUUUAUUGUGGCGGCAGCUGCAGCUACCAAAGUCGGUUACAUAGCCCCUGUUGCUAGUGGAUUUAUCUAUCGAAACGAUCACAACGCACCAGCAAGUCUCAUCCAGCUAGGGGCUGUACCCUACACGCAGCCACAAGUCUUCACACCACCUCUGCCGUUGGCUCAGCCUCUGGCACAACCACUUCAGUUAAAAGCUUUAGAAGCUUACGAUUUGGAGCCUGCGCCCUUGCCGUACAUUGCUGCGAAGCCAAUUGUAGAAGAAGAUUAUGAAGAAGAAGAUGACGACGAUACUGAUGAAGCUUUAGAGGAAUAUACAGACGGAGAUAAACAAGUACAUGCUUAUGUAAAAGGUGGUGGUAGUGAUUAUGAAGAAAAACAUCAAGCAGCUCAUGGCGAAAAAGGAAGUAAAGGAUAUAAGUCCUCAAAAAAUCACGCUAAAGGAGAAUCAGGACGUUACGGAAAGAAAUAUGAUGCAGGAUUUUACAGUGAGGGUGAUGGUUUAACAAAGAGUCACCAUAACGAAGCUGGCGCUCAAGGGAAACAUUACAACUCUGGAAAAGUGUACAAGGGUGGUAAUCAUGGUCAUAACAAACACUUUUCUAAGGGCGAGGACGUCACUGGUUACCAUAAAGUUUUCCAUAAGGAUGAAUUCAAGAAAGAUCAUGACUUUUAUGACGUUGCCGAUAAUAGUGGACAUUUCAAAAAGCAUGGUUAUGAAAAGGAAAACCAUGGCUCCAGUAAGGGUGCUCACAGAAAGGGUGGACAUCACAAGGCUGCCUACGAUAAAGGUGACUUUGGAAAGAAUGGAUUCCAUGCCAAGGUUCAUACUGAUAAAAAUGACCACAGUCGUUUCGCUGAGGAGGGUAAUGAAAGUCAUUAUAGACACGGGAAAAGCUUUGCCAAAAAAGGCGGAAGCGAUCGUGAAAAGGAAUAUGCGUACGUAAAUGACGAUGACAUCUACGAAGAUGAAGAAUAAUCGCUAAUUAUCCCUUAAGUUUUGUAUAUACAUUUAACCUUGUAAUUCCUUUAAUUUGUUAUGUUUGAUACUUAUCGAUAUGCUUCAUUAUUUUUAUACG